AUGUGCGGUUUUGGUUUCGUGGCUUACGGUUUUGAUUGCUGCCAUCGCUCAAUUGAUUUUUCACUAAACCCCGAAACCGAAAUAAAAGUGAAAUGCAAAGUAUUAAAGGGGGAAGAACUUAAACGCCAAAAUAAACAAUUUGUCAUGCGUGUGCCAGCUGGAAGCUCCCAGAGAAGAGUCUUUGAGAGCCCCUCAAAGUCGGGCAAUCUGAGGAUCCAAGGCGGUCUUUUCUUCAAGUAA